AUGAAAUUAUUAGAAAAUCCAAAUUCAGAUGCAUCAUCCUCUACGGAUACAAUCUCUACAAAUACAACAAAUUGUUUAUCUAGCCUGCUGCUAGUAAAAACUGCUAUGAGGAUUAAUGUAUUUAAUUAUUAUUUAUCUACAGAUAAAAAAUAUGUAAAAGCAGAUGAAUAUCGACAACAUAGUGAAGUAUUAGGAAACUUCAUAUGUAAUUCACAUUCAGUGCUUUUAAAACAACGAAUUGCAGCAAUCCAGGAUGAACGUGAGAGGAUGCUAAUGUUAUAUAGUGAAUUUGUAAAUGAUAAUAUAAUAGUUCCACAAAAUCGAGCAGUUAAACAGUAUACAGAAGUUUUAUGGGAACUUGUUGAUGAACUUACUUGUACAUUCGACCUUACAAAUCCAAAGCAACAUAAUCUCUUCAAACAUGCACAAGAAAUGAACCAAGAUGGUUAUAAACGAAUGUUUACUUUUUAUGAGAUUGGGCUUAAUAUAUUAGACAAACUUCUGCAAGAAGAAGUAUAUAAAACUAAAAAAAUAACUAAAGGAAGACGAGUUAAAAAUUUAGUUAGUGUCUCAGCUAAAGAAUAUCAGUCAUUG